AUGGGGAAGAAGUCUAAGAAGUCAGCUCAAAACUACUGGGACGAGGAGUUCGAGGAAGACACUCCUCAACCCGAGGAAAUUGGAGGAACUCCUGCGGAAAGCACGCCUGAAGUCGAAGCUGCGACAGAUGGUCCUGAGUCUUCGGUUGAGCCAUCCGACCAAGCCGAGGUUGCUGAGGACGCAGAAGCAAUCGAAGCGGACUUCAUGUCGGCGCUAAGACAGACUAAGAAGAAGGCUGACAAAAAAGAGGAGGAAGACGUCAAGAAGCCCGUGAUAAAGUCGAAGAAGGAGAAGGAAAAGGAGAAGAAAGAGAAGGAGAAGCAAAAGAAGAAGGAGCAAGCCGCUAAAAAGAAGGCCCAGCAACAGGCUCAGAAGGAAAAGAACAAGGAGUUAAACAAACAGCAAGCCGAGGCCGCGGCUGAAGCCAAGGCGAAAAAAGAGAGCGGUGCUAAGUCCUCCGAAGGCCAAACCGCUACAGGUGGCGCUAAGAAGAAUGCGAAGAAGAUCCCUGCCGGAUUAGCCGCUCUGAAGCGUCAAUUGGAGCUGAAGAAGCAGCUAGAGGAACAGGAACGUUUAGAGAGAGAGGAAGAGGAACGUUUGGAGAAAGAAGAGGAGGAUCGCCUGAAGAAGGAGCAAGAAUUGGCCGAAGAGGCGAGACAGCAGAAGAGGGAGAAAGAGAGAGCCAAGCGCGAAAAGCUGAAGGCAGAAGGUAAACUCCUAACCCGUAAGCAAAAAGAAGAGAAGAAGCUUCUCGAGAAAAGACGUGCUGCUCUGCUAGCCGCCGGUAACAUCCAGGUUGCUGGUCUAAACAAGUCUCAGGAUGGCUCUGACAGCAAGCCUAAGAAGGUUGUGUACGGCAAGAAAAAGAAGAAGACACAGCAAGAGAAGGAUGCUGAACUCGCCGUUGAAGAAGCCAAAAAGGCUGCCGAGGCCGCAGAUGCUGAGGAAGAUGCCGAGGAAGCCCUCGUUGAUGACUGGGAAAACUUGGCUCUCGAUGACGACGAAGGCGCUGCAUCUGAUGAAGAGGACCAAGAACAAGAAGAAACUGCUGAAGACGAGGAUGCGGAUGCAACCAAAGAGAAGCCUGCUCAGCCUAGCUCUUCAAAGGUUGAGGCUGCUCCAGCAAGCACGCCUGCUUCAGCCGCUGUUUCCAAGCGUCCUUCGCCAACACCAUCAUCCUCUACUCAAAAAGAUCUCCGUUCUCCUAUCUGCUGUAUUUUGGGUCAUGUUGACACUGGUAAGACUAAGCUGCUGGAUAAAAUCAGACAAACCAAUGUGCAAGGUGGAGAAGCAGGUGGUAUCACCCAGCAAAUUGGUGCUACUUACUUCCCUAUCGAAGCCGUCAAGCAAAAGACACAGGCUAUGGCUCAAUACGAAAAGCAGACUUUUGAUGUUCCAGGUUUGUUGGUGAUCGAUACUCCAGGCCACGAAUCUUUCACAAACUUGCGUUCCAGAGGUUCUUCUUUGUGUAACAUCGCCAUCCUUGUUAUUGAUAUUAUGCACGGUUUGGAACAACAAACUAUGGAGUCUAUCAGACUUUUGAGAGACAGAAAAGCUCCUUUUGUUGUUGCUUUGAACAAAAUCGAUAGACUAUAUGACUGGGAGCCCACGCCUAAUGACUCUUUCAGAAACUCUUUCCAAAAACAAUCCAGGGGUGUUAAGCAAGAGUUUGCUACCAGACUCGAAGGGAUCAAGGUUGCUCUCGCUGAGCAAGGUUUGAACUCCGAGCUGUACUUCGAGAACAAAAACUUGGCGAAGUAUGUCUCGAUUGUUCCAACAUCUGCUGUUACAGGUGAAGGUGUUCCUGACUUGCUGUGGCUGCUGCUGGAGCUCACUCAGAAAAGAAUGUCCAAGCAAUUGAUGUAUCUAUCUCACGUCGCUGCUACUGUUUUGGAAGUUAAAGUCGUUGAAGGUUUCGGUACCACAAUCGAUGUUAUUUUGUCCAACGGUUACCUGAGAGAAGGUGACAGAAUUGUCCUGUGUGGCCUUAAUGGACCAAUUGUGACAACUAUCAGAGCCUUGUUGACUCCACAGCCAUUACGCGAGCUGCGUUUGAAGUCCGAGUACGUUCAUCACAAAGAGGUGAAGGCCGCCCUCGGUGUCAAGGUUGCCGCCAACGACCUUGAGAAGGCUGUUUCUGGCUCUAGACUAUUAGUUGUGGGCCCUGAGGAUGACGAGGAGGAGAUGAUGGAUGAUGUUAUGGAGGACUUGACAGGUCUACUUGACUCUGUUGACACUUCGGGACGUGGUGUUGUUGUGCAAGCAUCUACUCUGGGUUCUCUUGAAGCUCUUUUGGACUUCUUGAAGGACAUGAAAAUUCCAGUUAUGUCUAUCGGCCUGGGUCCAGUUUACAAGAGGGAUGUGAUGAAGGCAACUGCUAUGUUGGACAAAGCCAAGGAGUUCGCAGUCAUGUUGUGUUUCGAUGUUAAAAUUGACAAGGAAGCCGAACACUACGCCGAGGAACAAGGCGUUAAAAUCUUUAACGCAGACGUUAUCUACCACUUGUUCGACGCCUUUACUGCCUACCAAGAAAAACUUCUGGAGCAACGUCGUAAAGAUUUCUUGCAAGAUGCCAUUUUCCCUUGCGUUCUGAACACUCUACAAAUUAUCAACAAGCGUGGUCCUAUGAUCAUUGGUGUUGAUGUGAUGGAAGGUUCAUUGAGAGUGGGCACUCCAAUUUGUACCGUGAAACUGGAUCCAACUACAAAAGAGAAAACCGUUCUUCUUCUUGGUAAGGUUGUUUCUUUGGAAAUCAACCACCAAGCAGUCAACGAAGUCAAGAAAGGUCAAACAGCAGCCGGUGUCGCGAUGCGUCUGGAAGACCCAUCUGGCCAACAGCCUAUAUGGGGUCGUCAUGUUGACGAAAAGGACACUUUAUACUCUUUGAUAUCCAGAAGAUCUAUUGACACUCUGAAGGACCCUGCAUUCAGAGACCAGGUUUCAAAGUCCGACUGGUUGUUGUUGCGUAAGAUGAAGACCGUUUUCAGCAUCGAGUGA